AUGGCGGGACCGAUUCCACGUGAGGAAGCACUGAGAAAGGGUGGAGCUGACCUUAGAUUCACCUUGUCAAGGAAUGAUGUGGAUGAUGAUCUGCAGGCUGCAUUCUUUACCAAUGGCAUCACGACAAUUCAGAAGUUUUCUUCUUUCUUCCGUUCUGAAGAUGAUCUGAUAGAAGUCAUGAGGGAUUCGUUUGCAACAGAUGCAGCAAAUGGGUUGGAAGCACGGGCACAGCUGGCUUCAGUGAUAUGCGCCUGGCGGGAGACUCAGACAAAACAAAAGCGUCAGGCAGAAGUUGAAGCAGAGAUGGACACACGUGAAUGGACGAAGCCGAUUCCCACUGGUGACUACAUCAAUUUACGAAAUGCCUUCAUGAGGGUCCAUGGGAAGAUUGAAGAUAAAGUAACACCGUCAAAAGAAUACAUGGAGAAAAAGUUGCAAGAGCUUGAGAACGGUGAAUUCCGUGCGGAGUUGCUCUCAGAGGUGGUCUCUAAGGAUGAGGUGGAUCCGGACAUCAUGGUGCCGAUCUUUGAUUCAAAGGGGGCAUUGUCAGUUAAAAAGGGUUCGACAACGGUGGCACUUCCAACAGGUCCUGAACAGCUUAGGCGUCGACUGUCAGUGAUGUUGCAUUGCAUUUUGAUGCUAGCUUUGAAGCAUACAAACCGUGAAGAGAUUCAGGACAUGAGUCGUGACACUAUGGAACGAUACAAGGACUACAUCCUUGGUGACUACGUCUGGGGCUUAUCAUCAACUGACUUGCAGGGAAAUCAAAUCCAGACGCCACCUUGGAGUCUGGUCCUCAGUUACGAGCAUGCAGUGAGGAAACGUGCUUACAGCUUGAUGGUCAGUGAUCAUUUGAAACUAGGGGCUGCACUGGAACAGGCUUUUGAGAAGCAGAUGUUUCAUGCAGAUGCGAUGGCACUUUACGAGAACCCGGAAGAUUUGGGUGCCAUCAGAGCUGGAGAAAACAGGGGCAUACGACCCGGAAGCAUGUGGCAGUUUGAGAAAUUUUCUGAGCUUUUACGUUUGGACAAUGUUGACACUGCAGCGUUUUACCAAGCUGACUUUGGUACAGACUAUUUGAUUUGGAGCAUGGGAACGUUUUGGAAGCAGUUGAGGCAGGGUACAAUUGCCUUAAUUGAGGCGCACCUGGGCGAUCCGAGAGAGCUGGAUAGAGCAUGUUUUGAGAUGGCAGUGAAAGGUGAAGAGGGCUGCAACAUAGUCCGGGAUGAGAAGCGGAAGCAUGAGAUUAGGAAAUACUGGAUCUCCCUGCUUAGACAACACGGGUCGGCACAAGCGGACCUGGAACAUGUUGCAGAGGGUCAACCUUUUUACCUCAGGUUGAUGAAGGAGCUUUUGGCCUUUGGGGAGGACGCCGACUGUAACUUCCUGCUGCAGGGGGAGACGGGGUUCCCAGUGGGAGUGUUGAAUCCACUCCCACGCACCCCGCAUGCUUACGAAGAGCAAACUUCUUGGCGGUUGGAGGAUGAGCCCUUCAUGCAGGAGGAAGUAUGGCGUUCAAAUUACCAAUCGGUUGAAGAGCAUGUCCAGUUCAUCAGGGAGCACUUUGAGGAGGAGUGCAAUGAAGGGCUCAUGGAAAAGCUCACCAUUGAGCAGGCUAAAGAGCGAUACGGUGACAGAAUUGCGAUUUCUUCUCUGGCAGUGCUGGUGGAAGAGAACAAUCAGGGAAAGAAGAGGGUGAUACAUGAUGCCACCCACGGGACGAAGGUGAACAACAGGAUCAGAUGCAGAGAUAAGACUAGGAGUCCUAGUGCGAGAGAAAAACAAUACCUUCUGGCCUACUUUCAAAGGAACAGAAGCUCCGUGUUCAGCCUGGUGGGUGACAUCAGCAAAGCGCACAGGCGCUUCUUGCAUGCGCCGGAGGAGCGGGGCUUAUUGGCAUGUCGCAUCCUCGAAUCCGACCCAUUCAUUUACAUCAACAGAGUGGGAACCUUUGGCCUGGCAUGCGCGUCAUAUUGGUGGGGGCGUAUUGCAGGAGCUGGGAUUAGGCUCACUCACGAGCUUCUGGGACCCGCCAUGCCGGUGGAGCUACUCCUUUUUGCAGAUGACUUGGAGGCCCUGGGGGCCAGCGCUGGUGGGAGACGAGGGAUCACUUUGGCCUUCCUUUACAUGUCAGUACUUGGUUUUCCUUUUAAGUGGGCAAAGCAGCGAGGUGGUUUGCGUGUGGAGUGGAUAGGCCUUUUUACGGACUACACUGUAUACAAGCUGGGCUUAUCGCCAAAGCGGGCGCGAUGGAUGCGCGACUGGGCCCUGGAGCUUGCCCAGACUGGUGUUACAACCUCAAGAAGUUUUGAACAGGGAUUGGGACGCCUGGGGUUUGCAUCUCUGGCGUUAACAUGGGAAAGGCCUUUUUUGGGGCCCAUGUACAACUGGAGUGCGGCAGUGCGCAACAAAACGGGUGCUUUGCGUGUGCCGGCCAUGCUUCGAACCAUUCUCAAGUUCUUGGCAAGGCGUUUUGAGUCGGGCGGCGAUUUGCAAAGCCCUCCUCCACUUGAGAGACCUAAAAACAGCGGCCUCACCUUCUACACUGACGCAAAGGCUACAGAAUCUGGCGCUUGGAUUGGUGGUUUCAAGCAAGACUCGGAAGGGAAGGUGGUUUCUUGGUUUUCAGAAGAGAUCUCGCCGGAAUGGGCACCUUGGCUACACCUGAAAAGGGAUCCUAAAAGGAUCAUUGCAGCUCUUGAGCUCCUCGCGAGCUUGGUGGCAGUCAAAUUGUGGAUGCCUACGACAGAGGGAGCAACCGAUGCAGUUUGCUGGAUAAAAGGGAAGACGGACAACCAGUCCAACACAUAUGCAAUUUCAAGAUGGAUGAGCACAAAAUUUCCUUUGACGGUUUUUAUCAUGGAGCUGUCAGAGUCUUUGAGAUGUGGCCGCUGCUGUUUGACACUGGACUGGAUACCUCGCGAGGCAAACCAGAUGGCAGACGACCUCACGAAUGAAAAAUUUGACAGCUUCAACCAAGAGGUCAAUUUUGAGAUGUCCUUGAGAUUGGAAUCAUCCGAGUUCAUUUGCAAUUUCUUGGCUGAGCUGCGUGAACACCACGGCAUUGCACGAUGCAGCUUUCACCUUGCAACCAGUGACUAUAGAAAUUUGUUGUGGGUCAGCGGGACUCUCUUCCGCCUUAAGGCUGAAUAUCCUCCGCUGCUAUGCAACCGUAUGGCUGAAUGUGUGCGACAGUCAGCAGCAAGCAUGGGUGUUAUCCCAAGCCUUCAACCACGCUUGAAGGAGCUGCUCAACCUGAAUUUGGGGCAUCAGACCUUGCGGCAUGAGCCGUUGAUUCCAGAGUAUGCAACGGUUUUUCAAACAGAUGCUCCCGUUCAACAUGAAUCGCAUAAACUCCUGUCAGCUCCUUUUUCACAGGGGCACCAUAGCACUGAGCAGCCAGAAGGAACACAGGAACACAAGUCAAAGAGACCGAGAAAGGAGUUUAAAUAUGGGGUGUGGCAUACACCCGAACAGUUCCUGACUAGAGCUGAAGCUGUUGUUCACCCCAUGGACAAUGAAUCCUUUUUGCAUGAAGCUACAAAGAAUGCUAUCAAGAAAGUGGUCAGAACUGACCCUCUGGUUUUGGCAAAGGAGCGCUUGGCCACCGUUUUCAACCUGCGUAAAUUGACAAACGAACUGAAGUGCCAAGAGUUGGCACUCAAGGACACAAUGCACCCAGAUGUCAAAAGAUGCACAGCGUCCAAGAACAUCCUCCUUUUCGAGCACGUCCUCAAACAGCUUGGCUUUUGGGAUAUGGAGGUUGUUUCCCUGUUGAAGCAGGGAAUUCCCCUGGUGGGGUUGCAAGCGGCCCCUAAUGGAUACAGAGAGCAGCUGGUGCCAGCAUCCAUCACAGAGGACGAGUUGCUACAGUCAGCGGCUUGGAGACGUAAGUCUCUGAUGUGUCAAUCCAAGCGCUUCAAACCUGAAGAGGAAGCCGCUCUCCUCGAGACCACGGCUGAAGAAGUGGCGAAGGGUUUUUUGGAGGGGCCGUAUUCAGAACAGGAUGUGGACUAUGCGGCUAACAUGGUCUUGUUUUUGAUGUCAGAAUCGGCGGCAGCCGGCAUUUCAGGUGAUGAGUGGAUGGGCAAGACCUUCGACCUUAGCAAGGCUUACAAACAACUUGCCAUUCUUCCUGCCCACCAGAAACAUGCGGUGGUAGGAUUUCCUGUGAGUGGCACCUGGAGCUGCAGGGUGCUUUCUCUUGCGUUCAGCGCAGUGCUGGACAUGCUGGGUUGGGGGCAUGCAAAAGAGGGCGAUAAAGCGUUGAACUUUGCGGGUGCCUUUGACUUGUUGGGCGUGAACUUCAACCUUGCUUGGACUCCAAAGGGGAUCUUGCAGGUCACCAACAAAACUACGAGGAUCGAAAAGCUAUGCGCUCUUUUGGACAAGGUCAAGAGCGAAGGAGAGAUCACUGCGGCACAGGCCAGUGAGUUGCAGGGUCUUCUUAACUUUGCCAUAGGUUUCUUUUCUGGGAAAGCCCUGAAACACUUGGUAGCAGCCUUCAUGCCCUAUGCUGACCGCGUUAGCCUCUCAAAGUCCGGGGAGCUCCAAGACCUUUGUGCGUAUGCCAAAUCUAUGCUGACUUCUUUGGGCCCGAGGACUCACUCAACCACAGGUGAAAGAAGGCCAAUACUUUUGUUCACGAAUGGUGCUUGGGAAGAUGGCCAAGCAUCUGCAGGUGCCAUUCUGGUUGAUGGAGAUUUUCGCAUUGGGUGCACCAUAACUGUACCCGACGUGCUGGUUGCCCACUGGUUGAAGCAUGCAGGUGAGCAAAUCAUCUCUCAGAUUGAACUUUGGGCCCUCGUAGCAAUCAGAUGGCAUUUCCGUGAGCGACUUGAAAGCCGAAGAUUAAUCUCUUGGAUCGACAACGAAGCUGCAAGAGUUUGUGCAAUAAAGGCGUCGAGCCCGUCGCCAACCAUGAGGGCUCUCACGAGAGUUCUGGCAGACAUGGAAGUGGCAUGGCCAGUUUUUGCUUGGACGGAACGCGUAUGCUCAUUCUCCAAUCCUGGAGAUUUGCCAUCGCGACAUAAACUGAGUGAAGCCAUGCGUCGCUUCAAUGUUUCUGACGGGGGCAUUGUGGACGCCACUGCCGAACUUGCCACAACAAUAGUUGGACUCCAUGAACGACCUUUUAGUGCUGCUCUCCUUUUCCACAGGGGCACAACACCUGAGCACCAAGCACGAAAUGCCAGCUGA